AUGGAACAGGUCUAUGGAAAUGUUGAAUAUGAACUCUCCAAAACUUCGGGAAAUGAAAGACGCCGUGUUUCAACAGAUGUUUCUGUCCAGUCAGUCAGGCAGAGGAACCCUCUGUCCUCUAAAGACUCUCUGAAGUUCCUCCUGGCUGCUCUCGGCCUCCUUCUGCUCUGUGCUUUGGUGGCGCUCUGUGUUCUGGGGAUCCUGUAUCACAAUAAAGGCGUCUCAUAUGAGGCAUUAAGUGAGCAGUACAGCAGCGUUGUAGAGAGACUGUCAGUGCAGGAACGCAUCACUGAUGUGUGUCAGCGUGCACUGUGUGGAGAAGGAUGGAGGCUUUUUGGUGUGAAGUGCUACUACUUCUCUACUGAUAAACUGAACUGGACCAUGAGCAGAGCUUACUGUGCUGAGAAAGGAGGUCACCUGGUUAUAAUAACCAGCCGAGAUGAACAGGAUUUUCUAUCUUCACACGCUCAUGAAACUCACUGGAUCGGCCUGAAUGACUUGGAGACUGAGGGAAAGUGGAUGUGGGUGAACAACCAGACCCUGACUGAGACGGGAGUGACAUUCUGGUAUAAGAGGAUCGAUGGACAACACGAGCCUGAUAACUGGAGACAGGAGGACGAAUCAGGAGAGAACUGUGCUGCUCUGGGUAAUGAAUCGCUUGGCACAGAUGUUUGGUUUGAUGCUUCUUGCCUUAAAAAGAAAAAAUACAUCUGUGAAAAGUAAAACUAUUGAAGUUGAUUGUAUGAAAAUGUACCAAAGUGACUUUUUAAAUAUUACUUCCAUUUACAUGUUACACGUUUUGGCCCAAACUGUGAUUUUCUAGCAAUGUCACAUUUUCCCAGAAUUAUUAUGUUUUUAUAAUUUGUUAUAAUAAUUAUUGUGUUUGACUCAUACUAGGAUCUUCGGGGCCACAGUACAAAAGAAGUCAUGGGUGCCCAAAUUACUUUCAGCUAUAGGGCCCUUAUAAUGGAAAGACAAAUUUCACAGUGAUUUAGAAUAAAGGAGUUUGAGGUAAUGCGUAAACAUUGUCAAAAUGCCAAGUUUCAAAACAAACCAUUGACUCCCCAUAACAUGCAGUCCAUACAUGGAAACAGCAAAAACAGCCUGUUCGUCGUUCCUAUGAUGUCACAAGAUCAACACAUUUACAUAUAUCCGCCUAGUCAGCCAAUAGCUGUUCAGCUCCACCCGCUCAUAUUAAAGUUCUGGGGAGGGUUUCAGCUCUGAGUGCUUUUAGAAUGAGGUCCAAUACAGGAUGACACGGCCCCACUGUGACCGACCCCUGUCCCUUUUACUCAGGCUACUCUUCACAGACUCAGAAGUGGCAGUAAAAGAUCCUAAAUGAGUCUGGUCACUAGAGGGCAGUAUGCUGUUGUGGAACAGCUGUUAUCCGGCUCCAUUUCAGAAGUAGUUGCUCUACCAGCCGUAAUGUAAUGAAUGUUUGAAUGUCCAGAAUGUAACUGUCCUAUGAUUGUCUAAAUACAUGAUGUUUGAUUGCUAAAUGUGCAUUUAAUACCAGACAGAAGUGUGUAAACGUUUCCAGGAGAGUUUCAUGCCUGUACGAGUUGUUAAAGUAAAAUAUUACA